CUCUCCUCCACUCUCCACUCUCCCAUGCACUGUGGAAAAUACUCUCCACACUCUUUCUGCUCUACCCUACCUGCUCCACCUACUCUACCCACUCCACCUACUCGCUCGACUCUACCUUUGUACUCUACCCAUCCUACAACAGCUCCCCCCAUCCGCUGACUAAUCAUUGCCUCCACCAUCUCUCUCAAUCCUCAUUAUUUACUCCAUCUCUUGGCUGAUCCUGAUCGUCCCUGCAUCCCCUCCGCUUCCCUCUCCCGUAACCACCUUCCUGGCGCCGGCGUCAGUCAGUUUGUCUGAUAUCUCUAUAAAAAAAAGCCACCGCGACAGCAUCAAUUGCCCAUCAACUGCUCAAAGGGCCUCACGACCUCAUCCCCCUCCAGCCGUGAGCCGGCAUCACCCCCACCUCUCCUCCCUUCUCCCCUCCUCACCGAAACACCCUCAAAAAAUGUCCCUCCAACACGACGGCCUCCUGGGCCAGAAAUGGGUCCCCGCCGACCCCUCCAGCAAGCUCUCCCCCCUCGCGCGCAUCGCCAAAAACUGGGCCGAAUACCUGCGCCCAUCCUUCCUCACGCGCGCCGGUGGGAGCAAGACCAAGACACAGCUCGGGCGGACGGCAUACCUCGACGGGCUGCGCGGAUUCGCGGCGUUUCUCGUGUACUGGCAGCAUCACCAGCUGUGGGCGCACGAGGCGCUGGGGGCGGAUAAGAUUCUCGAGAAUGGGUUUGGGUAUGAGAAGCAGUAUUACUUCGCCUGUUUGCCGUUUAUACGUACGUUCUUCACGGGGGGGCACUUCGCUGUCACGGUAUUCUUCGUCAUCUCGGGAUACGUUCUGUCUGCGAAACCGCUCGCGUUGAUCCAGGGCGGUGAGUAUGGCAAGCUGGGGGAUAACCUGGCCUCUGCGCUAUUCCGACGUUGGAUGCGCCUCUACAUCCCUAUCAUCGUCACGACCUUCAUCUACAUGACAUCCUGGCACGCGCUGGGCAUCUGGACCGACUCAGAACACCAGGGCAGCUACGGCGACGAGCUGAUAAAGUGGUACCGCGACCUCAAGAACUUCACCUUCAUAUUCGACGGCAGCGGGGACCCGUUCUUCCACUACAACGGCCACGUGUGGUCCAUUCCCGUGGAAUUCAAGGGCUCGAUCAUCAUCUACACCUGCCUCCUCGCCUUCUCGCGGUGCCGCAAGAACGCGCGCCUGUGGUGCGAGAUCGGCAUGAUAUACUACUGCAUGUACAUCGUUGACGGAUCUUUCUUCUCCAUGUUCCUCGGGGGAAUGCUGCUGUGCGACCUGGACCUGCUCGCGGCCAAGGACGAGCUCCCGCGCUUCUUCGCCCUCUUCGAGCCCUGGAAGGAACUCAUCUUCUUCAACCUCUUCAUUAUUAGUCUGUACCUCGGCGGCGUCCCGUCGCAUAGCGGGGAGGUCAGCGUCCUCCGCGAGACGGGUGGGUGGUAUUACCUCUCCUUCCUCAAGCCACAGGCUGUGUUUAACUAUAAGUGGUUCUACCUCUUCUUUGCGUCUGUGUCGAUGGUGGCGUCUGUGCCGCACAUGCCGUGGCUGAAGACGUUUUUCGAGAUGCGCUUCAACUUAUACCUCGGGCGCAUCUCAUACGCCUUCUAUCUUAUUCACGGCCCUGUCAUGUGGACGCUGGGCGAUAGGUUGUACGUCGCCGUCGGCUGGUAUAGGGAUUCGCAUCUGAAGGGGGUACCCGGGUGGGUGAACCUGCUCCCGUUGUCGAAAGCUGGGCCGUUCUUCGGGGCUGAGUUUAGUUUUUUGGUGCCGCAUAUUAUUAUCCUCCCUGUCACGCUGUGGUUGGCGGAGGUGGUGACGAAGACGGUGGAUAAGCCGACGGUGAGGUUUGUGCAGUGGGCGUAUUCGAGGACGUUGGCGCCGGCGGUUGGGAAGUUAUGAUGAUGUUUAUGAUGGGUUGGUUGUGGUUGGCGUUGGCGGGCGUUGGCAUUGGAUUGGCAUUGGAUUUGAAUUGGGUGGUGUAUUUUGGGACUGUAUAGAAUUGGAAUUGGAAUUGGGGGAUAUUUGUAGAAUUGUGAUAUUGGGGAUGUAUAUAGAAUUGAGAUAUCGGAAGAUCUACAGAAUCAUAACAUCACAG